UUUACUAUUGUCCACCAGAUUGAGCCAUUUUUUCAUUACAUAACAUCAGAGUCAUUUUAAAUAUAUGUACAAGGGUUAAGUCAUAUGAUGUUAAACACAGUCACAACAAAUUCAGCUUGCAAAGCUUUUUUUUUUCUUGAUGGGACUUUGGCUCCAAUGGCUCUGUUUAAACCAGUAUUCAGAUUCUUAAUGUUGAUUUCCCUUCAAUAUGAAAUACAUAGGCAGUCUGGGACCUUUGGCCUGAGAUUUUGUGUUUUCAAGGUUGAUUUGAGGUAAAAGGGGAAUGCAGUUAUCAAAACCAUGGGUCAUGUAAUCUAGUGUUGUCUAUUACACAACCCCAUAAUGGUGAAACAUUUAACCCUUCCGUUAUAUCUACUAUGGACCUUGACACUAGACACACUGAUCAUCACACCCUGACACAACUUGACUGAGAAAGGAUUGUCACUUUAUCAGUUAUUGUCUGAUGAGGAAGACGCAUCUUAGCCAUGAAAUACAUCUCAAGUUUCUUCACUCAGGUGUCAACUGACAAUCUGACAAUAUAUUUAUUAGAGGCAAUCCUGUCACACCUGGCCUUAAGCUGUGCUUUACUUCUGGCCACUCUUACUGCCGUCCGCUGGUACAUCAGAGAUUCCUACAAGGUUGAUGGCUUCAGCCAGAAGCAUGUGUUCAUCACAGGCUGUGACAGCGGCUUUGGGAAUCUGCUGGCCAGGCAGCUGGAUGAAAAAGGCUUCCACGUCAUGGCUGCAUGUCUCACAGAGAAAGGUGCAGCAGAUUUGGCAACAGCGGCCUCCCCCAGACUGAAGACCCUCAUGCUGAAUGUUACAGACAGUGCGAGUAUCAGGAGGGCGUUGGAGUUUGUGAGCAAAGAAGUCGGAGAGCGAGGUCUGUGGGGUCUGGUGAAUAAUGCCGGCAGGUCCGUCCCCAUCGGUCCAACAGACUGGAUGCAGUUGGAGGAUUUCACAAAGGUUUUAGAUGUGAAUCUGAUUGGAGUUAUUGAGGUGACGCUCCAGUUUCUGCCUCUGCUGAAAAAGGCCCACGGCAGGGUGGUAAAUACGGCCAGUAUUUUGGGCAGACUGUCUCUCACUGGUGGAGGGUACUGCCUGUCCAAAUGGGGAGUGGAAGCCUUCUCCGACAGCCUCAGGAGGGACAUGCAGCACUUUGGCAUCAAAGUGAGCAUUAUUGAGCCGGGUUUCUUCAAGACAGGUGUUACCAGUCUAGAUCUUAUUGAAGCUGACCAGAGGAGGCUGUGGACCCAUCUCCCUCAAGAUGUCAAAGACUCCUAUGGCGACACAUACCUGGAUGACUAUGUGAAAGCUCAGGAAUUCUCUAUGGGCAUCUUAUGCAGUCCAGAUAUCUCUAAGGUGACCAGGUGUAUGGAGCAUGCACUGACAGCUCGCUUCCCACGCACACGUUAUGGUGCAGGCUGGGAUGCCAAGUUAUUUUGGAUUCCUCUGUCCUACCUCCCUUCUUUUGUGUCAGACUUUGUUAUCAAUGUGCUUCUUCCGUUACCUAAGGACAAAAGACAUGUCUAACAGGCCACUUAACUGAACAGUAUGACUGAUCAUUUUGUGAAAAUGAUAAAAUAAAAUAUAUUGUGACAAAAGUUCUUUUAAGUGUCAAGACUGUGUUACAAAAUAGGAAAUGUAUUCAUUUCACAUCUCAGCAGCAGCAAUUUAAACCAUAUGGGCAUGUUGUGGAUGAUCACAGAUACCGUUUUUAUUUGUUCUCAUUAUGAUACAAAAUAAAUCAUUCUGUGAAGUUAAGAAUUUAUUCACCAUGUUUAAAAAAACAGCCAUUUACAUCUGCAUCCUCAGGUCGUGUUGCUUUUUCAAGAUAAUCAACUACAUCAAUUAAUUUCCAUGCAAAACAAACACGGGCAUGUUCAAUUGCUCCAAACAAUUUUGGCCAUCGUUCCAAUAUCAUUACUAAAAGAAAUGAUCACGUUGAUUCAAAGUCAUAAAGUCAGGGAACAUAAUGAGUUUGAUUAAGUACGAGUAUGCUUCGCACACAUUUUAUGCAUCUGAUUAUACUGGAGCACAUAUCUUUGAAAAAUUGAAUGGCAUAAGUUAAAAUCCAAUUAUUUUUGUCUUGCUUUUGUUUAGUUUCCAGCCCUGAAAUGAGGUAUAUAAACAUGAAAGAUGAAGUAAAUACAUCUUCAGUUUUGUUCAGUGGCAAAAAAAAAAAUAUCAUUCACAUCACACAUUUCUCUAAUAACCUUCGAUCAUAUAAGUACUGUACAUUCAGAAUGCAGCUCACUUUUUUUAUCAUCUGUGUAAUUGUGUUUGUUAAACUAUUCAUAGGAUCUAUUUCAAAGAUAUUUUCUGACAAAAUCUUACUGUUCAAAUUUACAAAUAUACAACUUAUUUAUCAACAUUUCUAUCAGCAGCUUCAGUGCAAAGAUAUACAUAUUGUACAUUAGAAUAAAGAAAACAUUAACACAAGAAUUGGCAUAAGAAAUGUCAGAAGGCAUAGUCACAGAAGACUUUUUUUCUUCAUUCUGUAGAAAUGUAUUUCUCUUUUCCUAAAACAAUCAAGUUUUUGUACACAGACUGCAUAAAAAAAUAAAUUCUG